AUGGCGAAACAAUACAAAGCACUUGGCGAGGAAGUAUGGAAGUCUAGAGUGGAAAAAAUCAAUGCGGAACUAUUUACAUUGACUUAUGGAUCCAUAGUGGCUCAGUUGGUUAAAGACUAUGAAGAUUAUCAAGAAGUCAACAAACAGUUAGAGAAAAUGGGAUACAAUAUUGGUUUGCGAUUAAUCGAAGACUUUUUGGCAAGAGCGGGGAUGGGCAGAUGCUCAGACUUCAAAGAGACCGCCGAAGUAAUCUCAAAAGUUGGAUUCAAGAUCUUUCUUAAUAUUACUCCAACGUUGGCUAAUUGGUCGUCAAAUAACGAAGAAUUCUCGUUGAUAUUUGACGAGAAUCCAUUGGCCGAAUUUGUUGAAUUGCCAGAGGAUAGUGCCAUGAGCGAAUUGUGGUAUUCUAAUAUAUUGUGUGGAGUGAUAAGAGGUGCAUUGGAGAUGGUGCAGAUGCAAGUAGAAGCUAAUUUUGUAAGUGACGUGCUACGGGGAGACGAACAAACGGAAAUGCGGAUUAAAUUACUCAGACGUCUGGAAGAAGAAGUUCCUGCUGGUGAAGACUAG